UUUAAAAUGCAAACUCCCACACAGCCAGCAAGGAACAAGUAUUCAAACAUAGUUAGAGUUCACCAGCACAGAAACAGAGAGAUUCCAGCAGUCGGGAUCCGACACAGUGCGACUGAUCUAAUCCCAGAUGCAGAGGUCUUUUGCUGGCUGUGUGCAAUGCAAGUGAUAUGAACUUAAAGCAACAGAGAAAGACAGGAGACAAUUGCAUUGUGAAAUGGAAAUUGAUUUGAGUUUAAAUCUUAGGAGACACAAACUGGAGCUGAACAAAGACUAGUGAUACUGUUUCCUUUAAGGUUGAGGGCACCGGUCUUCAGGAUGGGCCGAUUACAGAUGCUGCUGAUUAUUCUGCAUUUUGCCAACCAGUCCCGGGCGUCGAACACUGGCCCCAACACAAGCUGGGGUGGGCAGAAGAUGCCAGUGUUCCGGCCGCAAGAAACAGUGAAGCUGGUCAAGCCGCGGUUCUCGGCCGUGGCCAGGCAGGAUCUCAUCACACACUGCGACGCGGGGUGCCUGUGGCGAGAGACGCACCCGACCUUGGAGGACUUGAAGGAAGACCUUGCGUACGAGACCGUUUACCUCAACGGCACUCGGACCCUCACCAGAGUGGACAUCUCUGGCGUGGACUCGCCGCUCUCACAACCCCAGGCCCCGCGGCGGGCGGCGAGGGGGACGAGGCGCAAGAGGCAGAUCUUCGGGGUGGACGGCAGGUUCGACAUUCGCGGCAAGCAUUUCCCGCUCAGCUUCCCCUUCUCCACCACGGUGAAAAUCUCCACCGGUUGCACGGGCAUCCUGGUGUCGGACAGGCACGUCCUGACCGCCGCCCACUGUAUCCACGACGGGAAAGAUUACGUCAAGGGAGCGAAAAAGCUGAAGGUUGGGUUUUUAACAGAGAACCUCAAAAUGCAGCCGCCCAAACGCGCGAAGCCUUCACCAAAACUCCUGAUAAGGUGGUCGAGGGUCAAACGCACGCGGGUUCCAAGAGGCUGGAUACGGUCUCACAAUGAGCUCAGCAUGGACUACGACUAUGCUUUACUGGAGUUGAAGAGGCCUCAUGGAAGGGCUUACAUGGAGCUGACAGUUAUGCCACCUCCAGCCCAAGUAGCGGGCAACAGAAUCCACUUCUCUGGAUUUGACAGUGACCGGCCUGGGCAACUAGUGUAUCGGUUUUGCCCCAUCAUCAACGAGACGCCCCAUCUCAUUUACCAACACUGUGAUGCCCAGCCCGGCUCCAGCGGCUCCGGUGUGUACGCCAAGCUGUGGCUGCCGGACAAACACCACUGGGAAAGGAAAAUAGUCGGCAUAUUUUCGGGACACCAGUGGGUGGAUCUCAAUGGGGUCCAGCAGGAUUACAACGUGGCAGUCCGCAUCACACCACUGAAGUACGCACAGAUCUGCUACUGGAUCAAAGGGAAUUACCGUGAAUGCCAUUCCAAUUGACACCAAUUAAAAAAGCACUACAAGGAACAGCAAAACGUCCCUUCCAUUUCUAACCUUCAAUUAAAACAAUGAUUUAAUCCCCCACACAUUGGUUUGUUCAACAAGAUGACUAGUAUAAUACUACAGAGGGUAGGGCUACCGGUGAAAGCAUUUCUCACAGAUCGAGGUUGGGGAAUUUUAAUACAUCAACGCUUGCUGCGUUAAGGUUAAGGUUGCCAAAUUUGCAACUGAAUAGCUCAAGGCACGGGAGAAGGCUGGAACUCAAGACCUAACAUUUUCCAGUUGAUGAUAGCAAUUAAUUGAAAAUUGAUGUUAAAAAGUUUUUAAAAUCUAACAUUUGCUUAAUAUUUGUUUAAAAACAUACUCAGUCACCAAGUUAAUGGGAUGUUCAGGUUAGAGAAACACAUUAGUCCCAACCCUUGUCCUGCAAAAUCUGUUAGCUGAAGUUGUCCAUUUGUCCCUCUCCAAUAGUUCAUGCGCUGAUUGGGUCGGGUUACAGAAAACAGUUAUUUUUCUAAUUUGGACAGAUUACGUGAAGUAAAUUGCAAAGCGAUUGAGAAAGGGAAAAGCCAGGAAAAUAAGCAGAGAAAUAUGUUUCGAACAUGGCUAGAGAGUGGGUAGACACAAAAAGCUGAAGAAACUGAGCGGGACAGGCAGCAUCUCUGGAUAGGAAUGGGUGACGUCUCGGGUCGAGACCCCUCUUCAGACUGGUCGUGUCACCAUAUUUCUUCCAAGGCUAUUUUCCCAAUGU